GGGAGGGAGAGAAGCACCUCCAGACCCCUCUGGAAAAAGCCCAGACAACCCAGACAGGCGGGUUCUGCCCCUCUCACACCCACCCUGACACCGCAGCCCUCUCUGCAAAGGACGCCAUGAGCACAGAAAGCAUGAUCCGGGACGUGGAGCUCGCUGGGGAGGAGCCCCUCCAGAAGGCAGGGGGCCCCCAGGGCUCCGGGCGGUGCUGGUGCCUCAGCUUCUUCUCCUUCCUGCUCGUGGCAGGAGCCACCACGCUCUUCUGCCUGCUGCACUUCGGGGUGAUCGGCCCCCAGCGGGGAGAGCAGCUCCUGAGCAGCCUGCCCUUCAGGCCCCUGGCCCAGACACUCGCGCUCAGAUCAGCUUCUCAAAGCGGGAAUGACAAGCCUGUUGCUCAUGUUGUAGCAAACCAACAAGGACAGGAGAAGCUGGAGUGGCUGAGCAAGCGUGCCAAUGCCCUCUUGGCCAAUGGCAUGGAUCUAACGGACAACCAGCUGGUGGUGCCUUCGGACGGGCUGUACCUCGUCUACUCCCAGGUCCUCUUCAAGGGCCAAGGCUGCCCCUCCUACGUCCUCCUCACCCAUACUGUCAGCCGCCUAGCCAUCUCCUACCAGGACAAGGUCAACCUCCUGUCUGCCAUCAAGAGUCCCUGCCAGAAGGAGACCCCAGAGGGGGCUGAGCUCAAGCCCUGGUAUGAGCCCGUCUACCUGGGAGGGGUCUUCCAGCUGCAGAAGGGAGACCGCCUCAGUGCCGAGGUCAAUCUGCCCGACUAUCUUGACUUCGCGGAGUCCGGGCAGAUCUACUUCGGGGCCAUUGCCCUGUGAGAAGGACAGAUGUCUGUCCACCCCUUCCGCCCCCACCACAGUCCCUGUUGUUAUUCACUCCUUCAGGUCUCCUCAUCCUCUUCUGGCUCCGAAAGGGAAUUAGGGGCUCAGGGCCAAACUCCAAGCUUGGAACUUUGAACAAUGCCACCACUCAGAAACCCAGGGUGCGGGGAUGUGUGGUGUGGACGAUGGGAUGCUCACUAACCACCAUCAAGAAUUCAAACGGGGGCUUCCGGUUUGGAUCUCUGAAUCCAAUUGGGGACAUCUGGAAUGUGAGGAUCAGGAAGCCUUUGGCUUGGGACACCCCUGGGGAGACCUCACCUAGAGCUUGACGUGAGUGAACCGCAGGCCUUCCUUCCUCCAAAUGUUUCCAGAAUCUUCCCCGAGCUAUGGAUCCCAACCCCCUCCACAGGGCCAAGCCUCUCUAUUUAUGAUUGUACUCGUAUUUAUUAUUUAUUUAUUAUUUAUUUAUUUACUGAUGAAUGUAUUUAUUUGGAAGUUCAGAGUAUCCGGGGGCCCACCAUAGGAGCAGCCUUGGGCCGGACAUGUUUUCUGUGAAAACGGAAUGACCUAUAGGGUGUUCCCCUCUGGCCUCCCGGCCUCUGUGCCUUCUUUUGCUUUUCUUUAAAACAAAAUAUUUAUCUAACCCAGUGUCUUAAUAAUGCUGAUUUGGUGACCAACUGUUGCUGCAUCGCUGAAACUCUGCUCCCCAGGGGAGUUGUCUGUAAUCGCCCUACUGGUCAGUGGCGAGAAAUAAAGAUUGCUUA